CCACGCUUCGGCGCGCUCCCCGAAGGGAAUAAGUGGGAGUGGGAAAGGAGAGGGCGACACAGUACGGAUGAAGAUCCAGUCGGAUUAAGUAGCUCGUCACCAAGGAACGGGAGCGCAUCGUCACCGAGGUCCACUGCACCUGCUGCAACUUGCUGCCGCGCGGCACAAACGUCCUCAUGUCCAGCGGUUUUACGAUGGAUCACACUUUCCUGUCUCGGCCAAUCUGGACCGGUGACAGCAAAUUCAUCCAGCAUCCAGCGGACCUCUACACCAGCGUGCUCGUUACGCGCAGCAUCCCUGCGGGCACAUGCUUCGGUCCAUGUGUGCUCCAAAACACCUUCUAUGAGACCAUCGCCUUCAUAGCGCAGAAAUCCAGCGAUAAGACAGCGAAGUCAUAUGUGUUCAGGGUGGAUCCUGAGGUCAUGCGUAAUUCUGCGCUAGUGCUGUCCUGGCUGCGGCUCGUGCAGGCUGCGCGUAAUGGAGAGGAACAGAACACGGAGGCCUUUCUGAAAGCGGGUCAGCUGUAUGUGCGGACCAUCCGGGACAUCCGGCAGGACGAAGAGCUUCUGGUGUGGUACGACCAGGAGCUAUCUCACCUACUGGGCUUCACGGACAUAACCAGAGGGCCAAGUGAAGAGUUCAAAUGUGGAAGAUGUAACCAGGCUUUUGAGAAUGAGUAUCCUUUCCUGGCUCACUGCCGAUUCCUGUGUACUCAAGUAAAGACUGACACUUGGAGCCGCGAGCUUGACGUGCACAAGCACUUGGAAACGAAGAGGCCACACCGAGUGACAGAUUUCCACAACAUCGCCAGAGAUUUGGAACACAGGAAAUCUGGCAUCAACGAGGAUGCAGAGAUUUUCCCCAAGAGAAGGAAAUACGAGGAAACUCUCUGUCUCAAAGUGCGGAAAACGGUUCUUUUGGAAAAAACAAACAUAUCAAACGACGACAAUAUUACACCACUGAUUAAGGGCUACGACCAGUCAGCGGGAGAGGCAUCGUCCUCCGCGGGGAAAAUGAAAGCAGAUAAGAUCAAACCGGAUCAUUUGGGAUGUAAGAACGACGGCAUUACGCAGGUAAGCGUGAUGGAACCAGGCGAGAGCGCUAGUUUGCACUCAAGCGGAAGCAGUGCAUUUUCUCUGGUCCUGUCCAACAAUCGGGGUGAGCAGAAAAGCGCCUUCUGUAAACCAAGUAAAAGAACUUCCGCUAGUGACCACCAGGCGCAUCUCAGCAGCGCUUCAACAGGCCCCUCUAUCCGCCUGCAGGAGAUGACUGAUUCGUUCCCCUCCAGGACUGUUAUGGGGUACAGCAAUCUAAUGGCGUCCAACAUCCUAAGCAGUGACUUACAUACUGUACCCUCACCGGUUGCGUUAAACAACGCUUUCCAUUACGCGCCGGAACACUGGUCAAGGAGCGUUGGCGUCCAGCUGCAGAACACCCCCUCUCUCACCAUCCUGCCCCCGACGUUCACCUCAUUCGGCGUGUCGGUGCAGAACUGGUGCGCCAAAUGCAACCUGUCUUUCCGCAUGACAUCCGACCUCGUGUUCCACAUGCGCUCUCAUCACAAGAAGGAGUUUGCGGCAGAGUCCCACGUGAGGAAGAGGAGGGAGGAGAAACUCACCUGUCCGAUCUGCCACGAAUACUUCCGGGAGCGACACCACCUGUCCAGACACAUGACAUCGCAUAAUUGAGAUAAAAAUGGACAAAAAAAAACACCCUAUUUAUUUCCCAAACGAUGCUCGUAUUUAACCGGUGUAGACUCCAGUUGUAUCUGGUGAAUGUAAGUAACUGUAGAGAAAACAAGAAAACGGACACACACGGCCGUCACCGCUAGAUGGCGAUAGAGUUGCGUUUAAGUUGGUCUCACUGCGGGUUUGUGUCUUUCCUUUCGCCCUGUUUAUUAGGUUGGUGAUUAUUUUGUGCCUUAUGGACCUCAGGAGGGAGGAAACACGGGGAGAUCUCGAAAAUAGCUCAUGAUUGUUAUAAAUAUCCCGAGGCAAUAUUACCAGAGGUGUGGAUUGAGUGUGUUUGCAGAUGUGUUUCGAAAUCUAAAAUGACAGUGAAACGGAUGUGUGGAUGUGUGGAGUUUUUCUUUCUUUUCCUGUGGAAAUAUGUCUCCUUUGUGACGACACUGUCCUGAAUGAUACCACUGUAGUAGCCCCUGCAAGUAACCAUUACAUCUUCCUGCACUGCUUCCUGACUGUAAGGCCAAACUAUUGUUUAAAAGGUGCAUCUGCAUGUCAUUUCAGAUGUUUCACCAUUCAUUCAUUUCAGGAUGCUAUUUGAAAGAGCUAUGAGCUGAAAGCAAUAGGUUCCAGGCUACCAACCAAAAUGGAAAUUAUGUUUAAAAAGUUUCCAUGGUUAUCAUUCAUCCACAGACCUGGAUGGGGUCCAAGUGACCCUUUGAUUUUGUGAAUUUGAAGUCACCCCAUCCAUAGUGAGCGACGAACGUCCCAUUCAGGUCAGGCUGCCGACAGAUGGACAUAAAUAGCCGCUUCUGUUGCAGGUAAAUGAGGCGGCAAGAAUGCAUGAAGUUCAUGGGAAAGUGAAGCCUCGACCCUUUUCAGUCCCCCUGUAACAUAAGCAGGGAAGAGUUCAUCCUCCAGUCUCUUCAUUCUACAAACUGAAGAUAUGUUUUACUGGGACUGAAACCUACACGAGAUAUGAAAAACACACACUCUAAAAAUCAUCGAACAAAACUAAAACGUGUUCAUCAUCUCAUUGUGUUUUAAAACCACAUUUACCUUCAGCGCAAAUAAUAUUUGUGUCAAGACUAAAAUAGACUUCUUGUCUGAAUAAAUGUUUUGAAAGGUC